AUGCGGGGGUUCUCUUCAAGUGUUUCAGGCGGUUGGGCAGUUCUGAGGAACUGGAAUCAGAAUACGUUUGAUCACCAAAAUGUGCUCAAAAAAUUGCACGCGACGUAUCGCGUGGAACCCUUCUUCUCCAUCCGGGUUGUUCCGGACGACAAAAACCCGGGAUCAACUAUCGUCAAGAUUGGACCAGCGAAGUUGAGUCUGCCGGACAAGAGUUAUUAUACGCGAAGUCCAGAUGAUCCGAUGGUCCUGGCGUUUGAACGGUUCGUCGAGGACACGGUUCGGGAGUUCGGCGCCUCGGGGCCGGACGCGAAGGCGUUUGCGGAAAACAUGUUCCAUCUGGAGAAGCGCAUUGCCAUGUUCACACCGGAUCUCCAGGACUCGGAGAACCCGGUCACGACCUACAACAGAAUUUCCCUCAAGUCCUUGAAGACCAUCGCGGGAAGCGUUCCUUGGCUGGAAAUUGUGAGGGAAGUUUAUCCGGACGCGGAAGUGAGCCAAACCACGCCUGUGUUGAUUGUCUCGAAGCAAUACGUUCAGGACGUGUCGCAGCUGUUUUACGCCAAUGAUCAACACAAGAAAUGUGGUCACCGGGGAUACGUGAUCGAGGAUGGGAAAGUGGUGAAAUGCGAAUUACACCCUCAUUUCAGGGCCCUGAACAACUUUCUGAUGUGGAAACUGGCCGAAGCCAUGGUGCCCUUUUUGUCCUCGCAUUUCCGGGCCAUUUACGACUUGUACGCCGUCGCAGUUUCCGGAGCGAGGAAACCUUUUGAACGCUGGGAAGUAUGCGCAAAUGUUCUCGAGCAGAAUUUCGGUUUUGCGGUUGGUGCUUUAUCGUGGGACAGAACAUUGAAUCGUGAAGAGAUCAUCAACACGGUGGAAGAAAUGUUUCACCGCAUGCGAAAAGAAUUCAUCCGUCACGUGGAGGACAACGACCUGUUGUCCGACGAAAUGAAAGCCCGCAAUAUUGAAAAGAUUGAGACGAUGAAGCUGAUCGUAGGCUAUCCCGAGAGAAUGGUGCAGUCGGAAUACCUGAACGCGAUGUACGAGAAGAUGACUGUGCAGCGAGGAGCAUUUUACCGGAACAUCCUGUACGGUGCCUACUUCCGCCGGAUGACGGAGCAACAAGCCCUGCGCUCCACGGACCAGGAUUACGUUUGGAGGGACGUGCUGUUGGCUGAUCAGCCGAGUUACGUUCACCAAUCGAAUGUACUUGUUGUGCCUCCGCACGUGCUUCGUGCGCCUUUCUUCAAUCGCAAGUUUCCGCGGUCAUUCAAUUACGGAAGCGUGGGAACGCUUAUUGGGAAAGCCAUGAUGAGCGCGUUGGAUGAAAUCGGUGUUCAUUAUUCGCCUGAUGGUUUACUUGACCCAAUACUCAAAAUUGAUGUCAAUGCAUCUGUGAUCGAUGAUUUUGAGCCUUCUCCACUGCGGGCGACGAGCAAUCAUCUAGUAGUUCCACGCGAAUGUCUCAGGAAGGCAUUUAUGGAACUGGAACUGGGUAAUGCGAAUGAAGUCGCGAGGGCAGUGAAUUGCAGUUCCGUUGAUAUUGCUGGAGUUCGGCUCGCUCUCAGAGCUCUGGAAGCAAGUUUCGAAGACGCUGACGAACCGCCUCAGCCCGGUUUGCCGUAUUUUCCACAGGGCAUUUUCUUUUUGUCUUAUUCGCAGAUGUUUUGCGGAGAAGUCCGAGAAAACCAAGAGGAAAUCGACCUGAUUUCAUCGCGGUGUUUUUCUCCUAAAACCAGAUUAAGGGCAGCACUCACGCAGCUGGAUGAGUUUGGAGAUGCAUUUGAAUGUGAUGGUGGGGACUGGAGCAGCUCGACCAGAAAGCAGCAAGGACGCCUAUCGUCGCCAUCUGAGAAGCGACUCACGGACUCCCAGUCAAAGCGACCCUAG